CUCUCUUUCUUCUUCCUUUUCUUUCCCUCCUCCUCCCACUACUUUCAUUUAUAUAAUUAUUCUCUUCGAACCAUGGAUUCUAGGACAAUCUAUGUCUCUGCGUCCUUAUUUUGCUUACCAGUACUUGCGUUGUGCUUUGUACUGUGUUUACCACUCAUCGUUCUGCUCACAGCUAAUUUGUACGUAUGUGCAUGGGCGGCUUACUUGUACGAACACAGAUCGGAAGCACCAUCAUGGAUGCAACUGCUACGCCACCUACCCUGUCUCCCGUCGACUGUAUUCCGCAUCAACGCCAGUCUGUUACAACUCGCUAUGACCUACAUCAAACAUAUACCCACACUCUUUAUCUAUCUAAAAUGGCGAUAUUGGACCAUGCGAUCGCGGAUGGCUCGUAUUGUAAGGCGUCGCGUGGUGUAUUCAAAGGCCGAUCCCAAAACAUGCCAACUCGAUGUGUACUAUCCCGAUACAACUGCUCCACAAACGCCCAUUAUUGUCUUUGUUCACGGAUCGGCGACAUCACUACCGAAUCAUCGGACAUACUAUACCUUGUUUGCCAACACCCUCAGAGAACUCGGAUAUAUUGUCGCAGUGCCCAAUUUCAAGCACGAAGGGCAUAUCAAAUUAGCCAUCAAGUGGGCUUAUCGACAUGCAUGCGAGCGGCAAUUGGACCCAGAAAUGAUUUAUGUGCUGGGUCAUGGUACCGGGGCGCACAAGGUUGUCCAGAUUGUUUUAAGUGAUGCUUUGAAAAAGGCUAAAUGCUACACGAACGCCCUUCCUAGUGGCACCGACUCGGACAACAGCGGAAAGCAUGACCCGUCAGCUGCUGCUGCUAGUACAAUAAGCUCUUUGAAUAACGACGAUCACCUGUAUGACUUUUUACCUCAAGUAGAAGGCCUGCUAUUAUUUGCAGGCAUCUAUGAUCGGAACGGAGAAUCCGAUAAUAGUCAUCAUAAUAACCCGUUACAACUGAUCAAGGAGAACAGGCAACUGUUUGAAACAUCGCGUGACCUGAUUGAUUUCUUCCCGCGCAUCUUGUUUGUUCAUGGUGACAAGGAUACGACUGCAUUGGUCGAAGAGUCCGUCGAAAUGUAUAGCUUAUUGGGCGAUGUGCUGCCCCCGGAUCGACGCGAAGAGGUGGAUGUGCGUAUGCGAUUGUACAAAAAGCUCAAUCAUACUCAGUGUAUUACAGCACUUAUGCCAACUCUAGGCUCAUACGAUCGCAUGAACAAAUUACUUUGUCGAGAUAUCAAGGAGUUUAUUGAUCCGCCUACUUCACAACCACACCAACAACAACAAGAUCUACAUGAAUAAAAAAAAAGUUUCAUACAUUGUAACGUUUGUACACUAAUGAGCGAGAGAAAAAAAAAGUUAAAUAAAAGUAGUGGCUUGAUAGAGUGGUUUUUAGCCGAGGUUGCUGUGGACUGACCUUCCCUAUAUACAAAAAGCCAGGAAUUUUUUGAUGUGGUGCCGUAGUACAAAAGAGGAGCACGUUGCUAAAGAAAAAAAGACAAGAAGGGGAACCAGUAUGUACUUGAGCCAGCGACAAGAAGACCAGGUGUACCAAGAGAAUAGUCAUCCAUAUGUAGCAUUGAAGAAU